AUGUAUUCGAACUCCAACACCUUCCUCGGCGGGAACAGCCUGCGUCCUGGCCCUCAACAACAGUAUGGCGGUUCGUUUGGAGCCGGAGCUGGAGCUGGACUGGGAGCUGGUCAACCACUGCAACAACAACCGCAGCCGGGUCCCUUCGCCCCGCAGCCGACGGGCUUCGGACAAGCGCCGCUCCAGCAACAAUACACGGGCUACCCGGGCUUACAGCCGCCGCAAGGGUCCGGGCAGCUCCAGCCGCAGUUUACCGGCUUCAGCCAGACCCCACAGCAGGGCAUGCAGUCCGCAAUGCCGCCCAUGCCUGCGAUUCCGCAACAGUAUCAGCAGCAAUUCCAACAGCAGCGUCAACAGCAGCAGCAGCAGCCAAGUCCUUUUGCCAGCGCCCCGCCCCAGGCGCCUCCCCAGUCAUUGGCAGCACCUCCUACUCCCGUGAAGCCUCAGCCAACCGGCUUCCAGGAGAUGGCCGCCUCUUUCCAAGGUGCAAGCAGUGCAAAGCCCAAGACAACCGCUCCGAAGAAGACGAAUAAGGUCCCCAACAUCCGCCUGUCGUUCAUCACAGCCCAGGAUCAGGCCAAAUUUGAGACACUGUUUAAGUCGGCCGUGGGAGAUAGCCAGACGACCAUGACAGGAGAAAAGGCGAGAGAUCUUUUGUUGCGGUCUAGGUUGGAUGGAGACUCGCUGUCUCACAUCUGGACGCUGGCGGACACGACCAGAUCCGGACAGCUUCAUUUCCCAGAAUUCGCCCUCGCCAUGUAUCUCUGCAACCUGAAGCUCACCGGCAAGACCCUUCCCCAGACCUUACCCGAGAACAUCAAGAACGAGGUCUCUAGUAUGGUGGAUAUCAUCAAUUUUAGUGUUGCCGAAGAGGCUGCAUCUGCUUCCACCCCAAACGUCAACGCGCCUGAUUUCGCCCUUCGGCAAAGCUCUGCGACCCCUCCCACGAUCCAACAUCCGCAGCCGCAGCCAUCCAAUUCGCAACUUCUCCAAGCCCAAAUGACGGGUUUUCCUGCUCAACAGACUGGCUUCUUGGGCCAAAACCUCCAGGCGCAGCCAACGGGGAUGCCCCAGGCUACAGGCUACACUGGCCCCCGACCGCCGAUGCCGCCGAUGCCGACGGGAUUUGGCUCGAGCCUGUCGCCAAAUGUUGGUCCAGGCGGUAUGGUUGCGCCGCUAAAUGCUCAACCAACCGGACGGCCCGGUCAAUGGGGCCUUGUCAACACGCCAGCUUCCGGUCUGCCCAACAUCGACGCUUUGCAGGCUCGCAUGAUGCCUCAGCAGGGCCGCGAACAACAGAACUAUACCACUGCUGGCCUUCAAGGAAACGCCGUGAUUCCUUGGGCUAUCACCAAGGAUGAGAAGACAAGAUAUGAUGCUCUUUUCCGCGCAUGGGACGGAUUGAACAAGGGUUACAUCGCCGGCGCUCAAGCGAUCGAGAUCUUUGGCCAGAGCGGCUUAGACAAACCUGAUCUUGAACGCAUUUGGACGCUCGCAGACAAUGGGAAUAAGGGAAGGCUGGAUCUCGACGAGUUUGCUGUUGCCAUGCACUUGAUCUAUCGCAAGCUCAACGGCUAUCCGAUCCCUAACCAACUGCCCCCUGAGCUAGUUCCCCCUUCCACUAGAAAUCUCAGUGAAUCGCUCGGCACCAUCAAGAACAUGCUCCAUCAGGAAUCGGAUUUCCGUAAGAACUCGGGCGCGGCUUUGUUGCCGCAAAAGACCGGCGUCAGCUAUCUCAAAAGCCACUCAUUUAGGGGCGCUGGAGGAGCUUCUGGCGGCCGUAAGGAUGCAACCGUUUUCAAGAACAAUGAUGACGAGGUCGGGUACCGAUCCAGCGCUCGCCGCAGGGUUGGCACUUCAUCGCCUCGUCCAGAUUCCCCGGCGUCCGUGACGUCCAACGACGAGUUGACGUUAGAUCAGCUGCGGAAGAAGAUCAAGGAGAAGCAGGUACUUCUCGACGCAAUGGAUUUUGCCGAUGAAAAGACUGCCGAGGAGGACGAUAUACUUGACAGGCGCGAUCGCCGCGAGGCUGAGGAACUCUAUCGUCGCAUCAGAAGGAUCCAAGAGGACAUUGAUAAUCAUCCCGAUGCCUCGCUGAUCAGCGGAGAUUCCGAAGCUGAGAGGAGGGCCCUCAAGCGCCAGCUGCAGAAUCUAACCGACAAGAUCCCCGAAUUAGCAUCCCAGGUCAGAAAGACAGAGAAGGCAAUUGCGGAUGCGAGACUAGAGCUUUUCCGUUUGAGGGACGCCAAAGCUCACCCAGGGAGUGCCUCUGCCAUCAUCGGAACGGGCCCUGGCGGUACUAUUACCGAAUCCGACAGGCUCAAAGCACGGGCCAAAGCUAUGAUGCAACAGAGGGCAGCUGCUCUGACGGGCAAGAAGAUCGACGUGGGUAAUGAGGAUCUGGACGCACCGAAGCGGCUUGAGGAGGAGAGUAUCAAGGUGAGAACCGAGAAGGAGACCAAUGAGCGGAUGGUCCGGGAUGUCGAAGAUAGCGUCCGGGAAUUUGCCAGAGGCAUUGAAGAUAGUUUGAAGGAGGGAAGCCAGGAUUCUACGGCCGAGCAUGAACGGCGCCGCUGGGAGGAUGGCCUUGGCGUCGAAGACGAGGUUCGAGAUUUCAUCUACGAUCUCCAGCGAUCGAGCCGUGCCGCGCGUGUCAGGGCACAGGAUCGUCAAGGUGGCCGCCGAGCGACUCAGGAGCCUGUCAGGGCCGAGGCAUCGCCCGUUACUCGGGUGGAAAGUCCUUCCACGGUCUCACGCACCUCUACCCCGACAUCUACUUCGGCGGGUGGAUCCUACUCUUCGUACAAGACACCUGAGGAGCGAGCGGCCUUCAUCAAACAGCAAGCUGAGCAACGCAUGGCCGAGCGGCUUGCUGCUCUAGGCAUCAAGGCGCCAACCAAGCCGGGAGAGACGGCGGCGCAGCGGAUGGAACGCGAAAAAGCUGAGCGGGCUGCCAAGCUGCGGCAGGCCGAAGAGGAAGAUGCUCGCCGGGAGGCCGAGAGACAGGCAAGGAUUGCCGAAGAACAAGGUGCCCCACCGCCCACAGUUCAGGGCCCGAAGGCCGAGGCCAGGAAGCCGCCUCCGCCGCCCAGCCGCAAGGCGGCUAAAGUGGAAGACAAAAGGGCCGAGGAAGAGGCCGCUGCUAAGAAGGCAGAGGAAGAGCGUUUGGAACGCGAGCGGGAGGAACAAGCAAAUGCCGCUCGGGAGCUUGAGGAACGCGCCAGAGCCCAAGAGGAGGAGCUUGCCAAGGAGCGCGAAGCAGCCGAUGCUCGGCUGAAAGCCCUUGAAGAGCAAGUUCGCCAGGGCAAGCUGAAAAAGGAGGAAGAAAAGCGAAAGAAGAAGGCAGCAUUGGCCGAGGCUAAGCAACAAGAGGCUAAGCUGGCUCAGCGCCGAGCUGAGAUCGAGGCUGCCCGUAGGCGAGAGGAAGAACUCCGCAAGCAACUCGAGGCCAUGGAGGAGGAAAGCUCCUCAGACGAUGAAGGGCCGGAACAGAUCACUCCUCAAGCCUCGACACCGACUCUGGGCGGCAGCCAGGUUGGCAGCCAGGAGCUGGAGCGCAAGCCCACACCACCACCGGCUCCCGUAGUCUCUCCUCCGCAGAUUGUAACAUCUAGCCCUCCUGCCGAGACGGAGAGCCGCAACCCCUACUUUAGGAUGAUGUCGCAGUCCUCCGAGUCGUCAUCGGCGCCGGCUGCUCCUCCUGCCCCAGCAGCUCCAGCUCCUCCGGUAGCCUCGCCGCUUCCGCCUCAGCCUGAGGUCUCUACCAACCCUUUCCACCGUAUGACACAGGCCAGUGCGCCGCCUGCCCCGUCAAUCUCGGUAUCUCGGAGACGGGUCGACGAUGAUGGAUGGGGCUCUGACAAGGACGAGGAGGAUGAGGAGUCAGACGACGACAGGCCGGGAGGGCAGAGCGCCGCUCAGCUUGCAUCCAUGUUGUUCGGCACCAUGGGACCCCCUCGUCCGCUGUCUGCAACCGGCGACAAGUCUGCCGCGUCCCCACCGGUGAGCUCUCCGAUCUCGCCGCCGCCGCAGAAGGCUUCACCGCCGCCCACAACAGCAGCGCCUGCACCACCUCCGCCUCCUCCUCCUCCCCCGAUGUCAGGCGCUAGUCCGAGCGCCCCACCGCCGCCUCCUCCUCCGCCGAUGCCCGCUGCUGGAGCGCCAUCAGCACCGCCGCCGCCGCCCCCAAUUCCCGGGAUGGCGCCGCCACCCCCGCCGCCACCCCCGGCGGUCGGCGACAUGCCGGCUCCUCCUAUGGGUGGCCGCCCUGCAGGCUUGCUUGGAGAGAUUCAAGCCGGCAAAGCCCUCAGGAAGACGACCACGAAAGAUAAGAGCGGGGCAGCCGUGGCGGGCCGUGUUCUUGACUAA